AUGUAUGUGAAGACUGACGCCAGAUUUUGCAUGAUGCCCCGUGCAAAGUCCCACCGGCGUGCUCAGGCCUUGAAGAGGAGGAUGGCGACGGCGCAGACUUGGACUCCCCUGCUGCCUGUCCCCGAGUUCCGUGCUCGUUACCGCCAUCGUGUGCGGAGAUGGCCAACUUCAGAGCUGACCCAGCGCAGCUUCAAGUUGGUCACUCCAGCUCAGCAUCCGGAGAAGCAGACUGUGUUUGUCAUUGGAGACUCCCACCUGCGCUUCAUGGUGGACGGGUUUGUGGCCAUUCCAGAGGGCUGUCUGUCUUUUGGUUUUCUGUCUGUUCCAGGUGCGGACGCCAGUGAGCUGAGGACAGAGGUGCUGUGUGCUGGUGUCCCAUGCACCCCGGAUCUUGUGUGUGUGCUCGCCCCAAGCAACAACCUCACUGCCAGCAGGACCAUCAGUGAGGCAGCGGACUUUGCUGCGCUCCUGACUGCCGUAUGCAGUCGCUGGCCUAAGGUCUUUGUGUUGGACUUCCCUCCCCAUCUGACCAUGGACCUUGGCUUCCAAGAGCAGUUGCGUCAGGAAUACCACCGUGUCGCAGUACGCAUGGGUGCACCUCAGUGA